UAACGGCGAGAAUAAGGACUGUUAUCCUGGUUUUAUUUGGCCUUAUUGUUUUGCAGGAAAUGUUCUUGGCAUUUUGAUCAACCAAACUGGACAUGCGAUACAAAUUUAUUUGCUGGGCUAAAAUGACCUGUGUUCCAUUUAUUGAGAUACAACAUCAUAUUUUACAUAAUCAAUUGUAAACUAUACCACAAAUUAGAAUGUCCUUCAUAGUGACGUUCAAAAUGCUUAAUUGAACUAUUCUAGAUAUACAAUCUGAAAAGUAUUAUUCUGUCGAUGUGCCAAUAUUAUUAUAGAGUAGCUAUUCCUCGAAAGAAAUAAAACAAUUGGGGAUUAGUUAGCCUCUUUUUGCGCCAUAAUCUAAAGUAAAAUCGACCAAGGCCUCUGAAAAAUAUAUAACUGAGUCUCAGAGAGAGGGAGGGGUUCAGUGACCCUGCAGCCUAACACUGGACAGGGAGGGGAAAAGUGAUAUAUCCCCAGGACACCACUGCCUCUUCUUGCACUCUCUGUUCCCCUGGAGAGCACGGCAAGAGACACAUCAUGCAACAUAAUGGUAAUGGGAAGGAGAAGCAGUCGGUGAACCAAUCCGACCCUCAGCUCCAGGGGAUGACUGAUGGCAGCGGACCACACAUCUUCCAACUGCCCGCUCAUUCCCAACUGGAGUUCAAACGCAACGCAGUCACAGAGGACUACAAAAUAACAACUCAAGUACUAGGACUGGGUAUCAACGGGAAAGUGCUGGAAUGCUACUGCAAGAAGACAGGGGAUAAAUGUGCGCUCAAGAUUCUGCAUGAUAGUCCUAAGGCGCGGCGGGAGAUGGAGCUUCAUUGGAGAGUGUCGGGGGGUCCAUACAUUGUUCGCAUCCUCAGCCUGUAUGACAACAUGCACCAGGGGAACAAAUGCCUGGUUAUCGUCAUGGAGUGUAUGGAGGGAGGGGAGCUGUUCAGUCGCAUUCAGGCCAAAGGGGACCAGGCUUUCACAGAGAGAGAGGCUUCAGAGAUCAUGAGGGACAUAGGUACGGCCAUUGAGUACCUCCACUACAUGGACAUAGCUCACAGAGAUGUCAAGCCUGAAAAUCUGCUCUACACCACCAAGGAGAGCAAUGGUGUUCUGAAACUGACUGACUUUGGCUUUGCCAAGGAGACCACCCUCCACAACUCCCUCCAGACACCCUGUUACACCCCUUACUAUGUUGCCCCCGAGGUGCUCGGUCCAGAGAAGUAUGACAAGUCAUGUGACAUGUGGUCUCUGGGCGUGAUCAUGUACAUCCUGCUGUGUGGAUUCCCUCCGUUCUACUCUAACACGGGCCAGGCCAUCUCUCCAGGGAUGAAGCAGAGGAUCAGGAUGGGCCAGUACAACUUCCCUAACUCUGAGUGGGCCGAAGUGUCGGAGGAAGCCAAACAGCUGAUCAACCAGCUGCUGAAGACAGACCCAAACGAGAGGAUGACCAUCAGGCAGUUCAUGAACCACCCCUGGAUCAAUCAUUCGAUGGUGGUUCCUCCUACUCCUCUGCACACAUCCCGUGUUCUGACAGAGGACAGAGAACUGUGGGACGAUGUCAAGUGGCAUGGACUGGGAGACUAGUCAGGAUCAAGGGAAGAUGAAUGGAUCAAAGUACAGAGCGAUCCUUGAUGAAAACCUGUUCCAGAGCACUCAGACUGGGGCGAAGGUUCACCUUCCAACAGGACAAUGACCCUAAGCACACCGCCAAGACAACGCAGGAGUGGCUCCGGGACAAGUCUGUGAAUAUCCUUGAGUCGUCCAUCCAGAGCCCGGACUUGAACCCCAUCGGAUAUCUCUGGAGAAAACCUGAAAAUAGCUGUGCAGCGACGCUUCCCAUCCAACCUGACAGAGCGUGAGAGGAUCUGCAGAGAAGAAUGGAAGAAACUCCCCAAAUACAGGUGUGCCAAGAUUGUGGCGUCAUACCCAAGAAGACUCGAGGCUGUAACCACUGCCAAAGGCGCUUCAAUAAAGUACUGAGUAAAGGGUCUGAUUACUUGUGAUAUUUCCGCUUUUAAGUUUUUAUACAUUUGCAAAUAUUUCUAAAAAGCUAUUUUUGCUUUUUCAUUAUGGGUAUUGUGUGUAGAUUGAUAACAACAAUUGAAUACAUUUUUGAAUAAUGCGAUAACGUAACAAAAUGUGGAAAAAUCAAGAGGUCUGAAUAAUUCCUGAAUGCACCGUAAUAUGCCAGGGAGAUAUGUAUACUGUAGCUAAGAAAGUAAUACUUUGUGCAUGUUGUGUAGUAAUCUGUUAGUAGCCCAUGUGCUUCACCCAAAUAAUUUUGUCCCUUUCCCCCUCAGAACUUAACCUACUCUUCUGACUUGUUAGUGCACAGGUAGCCUAUAGCUUGUUUAAAGAAAAUGUCAUCAUCGAAUAUUGUAAGCGUUCAUCGUCUGCUUAUACAGAAAAGAUGAGUGAGGCCUGUAAUUUUCAUCAUAGGUACACUUCAACUAAGACAGACAAAACGAGAAAAAAAAUCCAGAAAAUCACAUUGUAGGAUUUUUUAUGAAUUUAUUAGCAAAUGAUGGUGGAAAAUAAGUAUUUGGUCAAUAACAAAAGUUUAUCUCAAUACUUUGUUAUAUACCCUUUGUUGGCAAUGACAGAGGUCAAACGUUUUCUGUAAGUCUUCACAAGGUUUUCACACACUGUUGCUGGUAUUUUGGCCCAUUCCUCCAUGCAGAUCUCCUCUAGAGCAGUGAUGUUUUGGGGCUGUUGCUGGGCAACACAGACUUUCAACUCCCUCCAAA